AUGAGGAUCGAUUUCAGCAGUUGCCUGGGCUAUGAUCUCGACACGGAAUAUCACCGCCCAACCGCGAUCCUCGCUCUCAGAUACACGAUUGCCUGGGACGAACUGGUUAGUGUCAGAUUGUUCGACCCACUCAUCCCUCCCCGCAAUUCUCGAAAUCGCCCUGGCGAAGACCUGCAAGUCGGAAAGAGAGAUAAAGAGCACCUUGCGCAAGCUAUGGAGUCCAAGAAAUGA